ACUGGUUGGAUCCAGAUCUGUCUUUAACCCUUAGCUUUCCCAUGAGGGGUGAGGGAGAAGCGCGCAACAUGUGCCGUGCGGACAAAUGUAAAGCGGGUUGAGCAGUUUAAACACGAGGAACUAGUUUCUAUGCUGCGAGUAGGAGCGCACAGAAAUGGUGCUGUGUGGACCAACUUUCUUGGGGCCUAACGUGUACACAAAGCCCCCAGAUGGAGGCUGGGGGUGGGUGGUGGCCGUGGCCUUUUUCCUGGUGGAGCUUUUCACCUAUGGCACCAUCAAGAGCUUUGGGAUUUUCCUCCAAGUGUUGAUGGAGGAAUUUGGAGAGAGCAACAGUCGGGUGUCCUGGAUUGUUUCCAUCUGUGUCUUUGUAAUGACCUUCAACGGUCCUCUUUCCUCCAUGCUGACCAAUCGCUUUGGGUUCCAACUCGUCGUCAUGACCGGAGGUGUACUGAUCUCCUCGGGAACCAUCACUACAAGCUUCGCCUCUUCCGUCAAUCAAAUGUACAUCACUUACGGCAUCGUGGCAGGUCUCGGCUACUGCUUGACAUUUUUACCCACGGUGACGAUACUCUCACAUUAUUUUUCACGACGACGAUCACUAGUCAUCGCCGUGGCGUCCACCGGAGAGGCCCUGUCCAUGUUUGCUCUCGCCCCGGCCUUCUCCUCUCUGAGGGAUCUUAUCGGCUGGCGUCGCACCAUGGCGAUGAUCGGAGCUUUGCAGGGAACCAUCAUUAUUUGCGGCGCUCUGCUUCGGCCAAUCAUCAUCUUACCACAAGAGACAGAGACUUCUGAAUCUUCUCCAAAGAACGAGGAAGCCCAAAGCACGGACUUGAUUGGACAAGAUUUUGUGAGAAACUGUCCCGUUGAGAAGGUCAACUGCAACCCAGAGGAGAGGACUUUACUAACAAAGGAAGUGAGGCCAGAUGUGCAGCCAAGUCUAAAAAAUAACUUCGAUCCAGCUCAAGGGCAGAAGAACGAUGUCGAAGUUGAUGAGAAACCUUCAAAGUUCAAACUUCUGGAUUUCUCCAUCCUCAAAGAGUGCAGCUUCAUCUUGUACUCGCUCUUCGGACUGUUUGCCACGCUGGGCUUCUUCGCCCCUCAACUCUACAUCAUCGAGCUGAGCGUCAGUCGAGGCGUGGAGCGCGAUCGCGCCACCUAUAUGCUCUCCACCAUGGCGGUGGCCGAAAUCUUCGGUCGAUUCUUAAUCGGAUGGGUCCUGACACUGAAUCGAAUACAGAAUCGGAAGCUUCUCGUCCUCCUGGUUUGUGUGAUUUCCAUGACUGUGGACCUGGUGGGAUUUACUCUAGUCACGGAAUUUUACGGGCUAGCGGUAUGCUGCGCUGUCUACGGGUUCUUCAUGGGAACCCUUGCGUGCACGCACAUUCCCAUGCUGGCAGAAGAUGACGUGGUGGGCUUGGAAAGAAUGUCCUCUGCUGCUGGAGUUUACGUCUUCAUACACAGCUUUGCCGGCCUGGCUGGACCCCCACUCGGAGGUGUGUUAGUGGACGUGACAGAGAACUACGGGUCGGCCUUCUACUCCUGCGCAGCUGGCAUGGCGGUGAGCGCCGUGUUCUUGGGCUUAGUGAGACCUGCCAAGAGAGGACGACUUUGCACGAAGAGAACAUUCAAACCAAAUAAUGACACGCCUCAUAUUGUGACAGAAGGCGUCAAUGAAGCGGAAAAACUCACAGGCAGUACUGACGUUAGCGCCGAGGCGCACGAAGAACGACAAUCAUGUCGAGACGUAGCUUGACAUGCGGGUUUGACAUGUCGCUCGAACAUGCUGGCAAAGCUCAUUUACGUCCUCACCAAUCCUGUUUUGUGUGAGUGUCUGAUUCAAGUGCUCGCUGAGAUAUGAUGGCUUGAAUUUACAAAAAUAUUUGAAAUAGUCUUUGAAGAAGAAUUACCAUCUAAUAAUGUGAAGCCAAUGUAGCAGCAAAUACUGUACAUGAAAUUGCACACGUAUGUAACAUUAACUCUUACGUUUGUGUUACUUCCGCCAAGCUCAGGAGACUCGUAUGAUUGAUUUUUUUUUUAACCAAAGCGCACAUGAGAUGUCAAAGAUGCACUAUUUUUGUAAGAAAAAUAUGCUAGCAAUAAAGCAAUAAUGUUUUUA